UCAAGCGGUUGGAGGUAAUUAAUAUGGUGAGAAUCUUGAUCUCACCUUCAUGAUGAACUUGUAAAACUUGUGAAAACAGUUUUGCGUCAUCCCACUCCUGUCUAUUUAGAGCAAGAGGCAGCAAAAAAUCUUGCAGUCUGUCUUGAUAAUUUUGAUCCUUGAGCCCUGGUAAGCAAAGAGAUUCUAGUCUAAUCCGAACAGUGAGUCGUGCUAGGGGCUGUAAUAGCUACGUACUGAACCAGCGAGGCGUCGAACCGCAGCGCGCGUGCAGCCUGGCAGCGUUGUGCGCGAGCCUUCCAUCGCGCUAAUCCGAGGCGUCAGAGGACAGCUCGCUUUUGUCUGCGUCUCCAGUUCUCGUGUACCGUACGUGACUGCGAGGUUACUGCUGUGUGUGCUCGGCUGCAGCUGAGCUGCUUUUACUUUGGUGUGUAGAGGUGUGCCGCCACAAUCUUGAGCAAACGGUUCAGAGGGGACGUGAGUGGCCGUUGGCUGGCAGGUGGCAGAGCGAAGCAGGCUGGAGAGUAAAACAGCCAAUGCGGCUGGGGAUUUCAGUCAGCCAGUAGUAGGAGUUGUCUUUCAGCUCGUUCUGCCUGGCUGACUUUUGGUGAUUUUUCUUUCACUAUCAGGAAGCUGGAAACAGGCAGGAUGCAGGCAGGAGAUCUCUAGCAUCUUCCAGAGCUGCAGCACGACUCCCCAGUACCAUUUUAUUGGAGGAAGAGACUGCCUAUGACUAUGAAAGUCUGCUUCCAAAUUCUGAGGGUUUCCGUACUGAUAUGAAGCCCGACUUGGUCCUCUGACUAGUCCCUACUGUUUUCAGCUCAACGAGGAGAACUUAUCCGCUGGGAAAGACUCUUUUGCUGGUAGUGUAAUGCUGAGAUCUUGCUCGAGUGCUGUGAGAACUCUUUCCUUGAAGAAGAGGAUAUGUUUCCUCAUGAAACUCAUGUGCUUCAUAAGCUCAGUGUUAGUAUUUUGUGAAUUUUUAAUUUAUUAUGUGGUGAUUUUUCAAUGUCGCUGGCCAGAAGUGAAAGCUGGAGCUCACACGAGUACCAAAGAGACUUCUACUUCAGUCCUGAAGGCCAUAAUUUUAGCUGAUACUCACCUCCUUGGUGAAAUCAAAGGACAUUGGCUGGACAAACUAAGAAGGGAAUGGCAAAUGGAGAGAUCUUUCCAAACUGCUUUGUGGUUACUGCAGCCAGAUAUUGUUUUUAUUCUGGGAGAUGUCUUUGAUGAAGGAAAAUGGAGCUCACCUCAGGCAUGGGCAGAUGAUGUCAGGAGAUUUCGGAAAAUGUUUAGACAUCCCGUUUCUACUGAGUUAGUGGUUAUCGUCGGAAAUCACGACAUUGGAUUUCAUUAUGAAAUGACCACUUACAAGGUAAAGCGAUUUGAAAAGGUUUUCAACUUUACUUCAGGAAAGCUAAUAACUCGAAAAGGAAUAAACUUUGUCAUAGUGAACAGCGUAGCUAUGGAGGGUGACGGCUGUGCUAUCUGCCGUACUUCAGAGGCAGAGCUUGUGGCGCUUUCUCACAAACUCAAUUGCUCCCAGCAGAAACUGAAUCAUUCCAACAAAAGGUGCAGUGAUGUGGAAAAGCUUCCAGCUUCAGAACCAAUCCUUUUACAGCAUUACCCUCUCUAUCGAAAAAGUGAUGCUGAAUGCAGUGGAGAAGAUGCUGCUGCUCCAGAGGAGAAGAACAUCCCAUUUAAAGAAAAGUAUGAUGUGCUAUCUCAAGAGGCAUCACAAAAGCUGAUGUGGUGGUUUCAUCCCCGUUUGAUUCUCAGUGGGCAUACACAUAGUGCUUGUGAAGUGCUGCAUGCAGGGAAAAUUCCAGAAAUCAGUGUCCCAUCAUUCAGUUGGAGGAAUAGAAACAAUCCUAAUUUCAUCAUGGGUAGCAUAACACCAACUGACUUCUCCCUCCGAAAAUGCUUCCUUCCGUACGAGAGCAGAGUCUUUACUAUAUACUGUGCAGCAGGUGCUCUGUUUGUAAUCCUGAUACUAGCUCAUUUUCAGCUUCUCACUCCACCGUUUUAUUUUGCUCAGCGUUUAAUCAGUAAGCGUAAAGCAGUAUGAAGAGCCAGACAUCUGCAUUCAGUCACUGAAAUACCAAAGCUGAGAACAGUCAAACAUCAGACUAUAUUCAUGCCAGCAAAUGACCUAAUUUGAUUGCUAGUCUGAAGGCAGGUUGCAUUUACACAUACCAUAGAAGUCCUAUACAGCUGAUAUGACUACUACAGGAUAAAUAACUGAAAUGAAUGUUUCAUGCUGUACAAAAAUACUGUAUUCUACAAUCAAAUGAGUCCUUUUCCUGCUAUAAUUUUUGUAUCAAAUAUGAAUAUUAAAAGUUUAACUGUACAGUAUG